CAACCUCUCAUUAUAUAAUAAGCAAUUUUCCUUCAUUUCUGCUCCCUGCUUUUUCCAUUUCCUUCUCUCAAAAACUCAAUUAUGGCUAACUAUUCUUUCUCUUCUUCAACACAAUCUUCUUCAAUUCCUUCUCCAAAAUCUAGCAUGUUUUACUAUGGUGGAAGUGAAGAUCUCUAUGAUGAGCCUCACUUCCUCCAAGCUUGUUUUCUUUGUAGAAAACCUCUUGGUCAAAACCGUGACAUCUUUAUGUAUAGAGGGAACACACCAUUUUGUAGCAAAGAGUGCAGGGAAGAACAAAUAGAGAUUGAUGAAUCCAAAGAGAAAAGUUGGAAGAUUUCUUCAAAAAGAAGUGUUAGAAAUUCAGAAACCAAUCAGAAUUCUACAAAAAAUAAGACUGUGAGAUCAGACACAGUUGCAGUGGCAUAAUCCUAUGUAUGACAAGUUAUGAAAGAAUCCAAAUUUUGAAAACCAAGAUGAAGUGGAAAAUUAAUUUUCCAAUUAAUUUUCCACAAGAGAAAAAAAAAAUCAAUUUCCAUGAUAUGAAGAUUCUGAUUAACCAGGAUGAAUCUUUUGCUACUUUUGUAAAUAAUUGUUGGAGUUUCAAGAGAGAAAAUAGAAAGAAAAAAAAAAAAAAACUCAACAAGGAAUUUUGGCUAUUUUUU